AUGAAGGUCGCGUCCAUCCCCCUCGCCGCCGCCCUGCUGGCCGGCGCCACCUCCGCCUUCCAGGUCGGCAAGCCGCCCGUGCCCCAGGCCAAGACGACCAUGGCCGACAACUUCCCGUGGCGCGACCCCUUCACGUCCAAGACGACGGACGCCUACGCCGCCGCGUGCGAAGCGUCUGGCACGUUCGCCGCGACGCAGUACACGCUGCACGACCUCUUUGACAAGCCGCCGACGGGCCUCUUCCACUACGGCGACGGGCUCAAGACCUUCUUCUCGGGCCGCGAGUACCCCGGCGGCUGGGCCGGCCUCGACCGCCACAUGUACGACCGCAACGUGCUCAUGAUGGAGUACGCCGACGUGCCCCUGCGCGUGCGCGAGUGGAUCGAGGAGCAGGAGCGCGCCGACGGCGCCGGCAAGGGCCUGUUUGCCGUCUUUGACAAGCCCGCGACCGCCGAGGAAAAGGUCACGAAGCGCAUCGCCGUCCCCGCCGACGCCGCAAAGGUCGACCGCGACCUCGACGCCAAGCGCGUCGCCAUCUUCGCCCCCGGCGCGCUGUACCCCGUCCUGCCGCUGUUUGUCGCCGACGGCAGCGACUGCCAAGCCACCCUCGCCGACCUGGGCAACUACCAGGCCGUGCCCGAGGAUGCCGCCGUCGUGGCGUGGCCCGUCAGCCACACCCGGCCCGACAUCGCCAACCACAAGCGGGACAUUGAGUUCACCGUCAAGGCCCAGGUCCUCAAGCUCAAGGACGGCGCGACGGAGGGCGAGGCCGACAAGAAGGCGGCGCCGUCUGAGCCGGCCAAGGAUGAGCUGUGA